ACUCUUCUUAACAAUUGUCGACAACGUUAUGUGAAAAAGCAAAUUUAUACAUAUGUUGCCAAUAUACUCAUCUCUAUUAACCCAUACGAAGAAAUCGAUGGUCUUUAUUCAAUUGAUACAAUAAAGAAGUAUCGAGGAAAGUCACUAGGACAAAUGCCACCACACGUCUACGCAGUUGCUGACAAAGCUUAUCGUGAGAUGAGACGCAAUAAAGAAUCUCAGUCAAUCAUUGUGUCUGGAGAAUCUGGUGCUGGAAAAACGGAAUCACAGAAGGCUAUAUUGAGAAUUGGGGAGCUGCAGCCGGUCCCAUUCAGAAGCGAAUACUUGAGACAAAUCCAAUUCUUGGAAGCGUUUGGUAAUGCGAAAACGCUCCGAAACAAUAACUCGAGUCGAUUCGGGAAAUUCGUUGAAAUCCACUUUGGCACGGAUGACAAAGUCGCUGGAGGUUUUGUGUCCCAUUAUCUCCUCGAAAAGUCGAGAGUGUGUCGGCAGGCUAACGGCGAGCGAAACUACCACAUCUUCUAUCAGUUGAUUGCUGGAGCUCCAAGUGACCUGUACAAAAAGCUUCGGCUAGCGCCUCCGGAUAAGUUCAAGUAUCUGAAGUAUGGCACGACUACCUUCUUUGUGCGGCCUGGCUCCAAGUCGAAGGUCAGCUCCGAUCGGCUCAGCGAGCAGGUGGCCGCAGAGACUGAGGAAGCGUUGGUGAUUGCCUCUGAACUGCUCGGCUUAGAAGUGGCCGAAAUGAAGAUGGGCCUUGUGUCAAGGAUUAUGCAGGCGACAAAGGGCGGAGUUCAAGCACCCAUCAUCAGGGUCCCCUUGAAACCACAUGAAGCUGCUGCUGGACGCGAUGCACUCGCAAAGGCGUUUUAUUCGAAGUUGUUCGAUUGGCUGGUUGCGCGAAUCAAUAAAUCAAUACCAUUCGAGAAAAGUGUCAGCUACAUUGGCGUGCUUGACAUAGCCGGAUGGACCAGUCAUAUUCCAGAAUUCUUCGAAGUGAACUCAUUCGAGCAGUUCUGCAUCAAUUACUGUAACGAGAAGCUGCAGGACUUUUUCAACGAGCGUAUACUGAAACAGGAGCAGGAGCUCUACGCCAAGGAAGGACUGAAUGUGCCAAAAAUCGAAUACUCGGACAAUCACGAUUGUAUUGAGCUUUUCGAGAAGAAGCCAUCCGGUCUGCUCGAUCUACUCGACGAGGAGUCUCGCCUACCUCGACCCACCCCUCAGCACUAUACGAUGGCGGCUUAUGAGUCUAACAAAGGGCAUUUCCGCUUGGAGAGUCCGCGUCGUUCACGUUUGCGACAGCAUCGCGAUCUCCGUGAGGAUGAGGCGUUCCUUGUUCGCCAUUAUGCUGGUACUGUCUGUUAUCAGACGGCGCAGUUCCUAGAGAAGAACAACGACACGCUGCACAAUUCUCUCGAAUUUCCUCGUAGAACAGAGCAGGUUUGCGCAUUUUUUGCACAUUUUUUU